AUCACUCCCGGAGCUCACUCCCCACUGCUAGCCUCUGCCUCCGCGAGGCAUCGGUCGGUUUGUCCAUCUCUGCCUGUCCGCUGCUGUAGAGGGCUCGCCGCCGGCCGGGGACAGAGCCGGGCGCCGAGGAGCGACCGGACCCGAGGAGGCUAGAGAAGGAGGCAGCGAGGGAAGGAGGACCCCGGCAGGCAACAGCAUGAAAUUCAGCCCCGCUCACUACUUGCUGCCUCUCCUGCCGGCGCUGGUCCUCUGCACCAGACAGGACUAUGAAGAGCUAGAAAAGCAGCUAAAAGAAGUCUUUAAAGAGCGAAGCACCAUCCUCCAUCAGCUGACAAAGACAUCAAGAGAACUUGAUGGAAUUAAAGUCAACCUUCAGUCUUUGAAAAACGAUGAGCAGUCUGCCAAAACUGAUGUUCAGAAACUUCUGGAAUUAGGACAAAAACAAAGAGAAGAAAUGAAGUCUCUCCAGGAGGCCCUUCAAAAUCAGCUUAAAGAGACAUCUGAGAAAGCAGAAAAACACCAGGCUACUAUUAAUUUUUUAAAGAGUGAAGUGGAAAGAAAAAGCAAAAUGAUCCGAGAUCUCCAGAAUGAAAAUAAAAGCUUGAAAAACAAACUCCUGUCAGGAAAUAAGCUGUGUGGACUCCAUGCAGAAGAGUCCAAAAAAAUUCAAGCCCAGCUGAAAGAGCUUCGUUAUGGGAAGAAGGAUUUACUAUUUAAGGCUCAACAGCUUACUGAUCUUGAACAAAAAUUGGCUGUAGCCAAAAAUGAGCUGGAGAAAGCAGCUCUUGACAGGGAGUCACAGAUGAAAGCAAUGAAAGAGACGGUACAACUCUGCCUGACAUCUGUUUUCCGUGAUCAGCCUCCCCCUUUGAGUCUAAUCAGGUCAAAUCCAACUCAGAUGAUACUUCCACCCAGAACAAUUGACUCUAAGAUUCCCGCCACAAUAGUAAAAAGCCAGCCUCAAAAAAGUGCUCCUGGAAAAAAUGAGAGCUCUCAAGUUGAGUCAACAAAGGAAAAAAAUACAAGUACUACUGUGUGUGAUUCUCAAAAUGAGGGCAGGGCCUGUUCAAUGAAGCACAAAGAAAGUCCCCCAAGCAAUGCCACUGUAGAAUCAGAGCCUGUCUCACAGAAAUUGCAAAUGCCUCCUAGUUCUGAAUGUGAGGUGAAAAAAUCAGCAGAAAAACAACUGACCAGCUUUGAAGGGAUGGCAACUAGAGAAGAAAAAAUACUAUGAAUCCCACAUGCUUAGAACUACCCUGCCUCAUGGAAACUGUCAAAUAUUUGUUGAACAAAUUAAUUAAGACUCCGGGAAGAAGCAAGGAACCAUAUCCUGGCGUGGUAACAGGGAACCAGAAGACCUGUUUUUAGGAAGAUACAAUAAAUAUCAUGGAGUUGUUAUUGUUUGUUUCAUUUUGUUUUGGUUUGGUUUUGUCUUUUUUCCUUCGCUCUUUUCUCCGAAAGGUUUCUCUUUGCGACUAUGGCUGUGGUAUAAAGCAGAGUAGAUGUGAUACUCCUGGAUGAAUUUUGAAAGAAAGCUCAAUGUAACAGACAUGAUUUGAAUGAGCUUUGGGAGUCUUUAAUUGGAAUCCAGCUCUGACAUUUACCUGGCCUUACUCAGGUUACUUAACUUAUUCUGGCAUUCAUUACCUAAUCUCUUGGGCCUUAAGGAGUUGGACUGAAAUCCAAGGUUUUCCUCUCCAUUCUGCUGAGACCUACUCCUUUAACAGAAAUAACUCAAGGACUGCCAAGGAGGUAAAGGAACACCCAGAGGAUGGGGCUUUGGGCUCCAUAAUCCCCCCUACUUUGAACCAGAGUACCUAUUCUUCAUAUUAUUUAUGUUUUGGGUUUAAACAUUCUGCAUAUAAUUUUAAUGGAGAAAGGGGGUCCAUGUCUAAAAUAAUCAUUGAACAAGGUGAUCUCUAUGAUCCCUUUUCCCCAUUUGUUUAUCUGAUCAUUCAAUAUAAUAUCCUUUGAAAUUUUAAAAUGUGCCUGCCAUUCUGUUUAUUGUUGAGGGUACAGUAGUAAGAAAAAUAACAAUUAUGAAUAUAAAUAUUGCAUUUAUUUUGUUAGGUACUGUUUUAAGUGUUUUAAAAAUUUAUUAAUUAAAACUUCUCAGGACUCUUUGAAAUAGAUAUUACAGUUUAUCCUUAUUUCACAGAUGAGAAAAUCAAGUUAGAAAAAUGUUAGUUAAAUUGCUCAAAAUCCCAUAGCUAGUAAGAGGAAGAGCUGGGAUGUGGACCUGGCAAUGAGCUUCUGGUGUCCAUGUGCUUAACCACCUCACUAUACUGCCUCUCCAGAAAAAGCCAGGGCCCAGCCCUCAUGGAGUUACAGUUUAUUCUGGAAGAGAAAAACCAUUACUCUAGAAAGCACAGAGAUAAAUGCAUAAAUACUAUCAGAGAAAUAGAGGAUUCUCUUCAGAGCAUGCUAUGGGGUGAUCUGAACACAUCUGAGCUUUCUGAAGGAUUCACUGUGGAAAUAUUAAGCUAAGGCUAAUGAAAAGAUAAUAUUUUGUAUGGUUUCUCAAAACUUCUAAAAUAAAAUUUUAUAAUAUCUCAGAUACUAGCUUGUGAUAUUUGAAAGUGAAUAUUUGAAUUGCAAUAAACAGACAGCUGUGGAUUAGUGCUGUGAAAAGAACAAGAGCAUCAUGUGGGAGAAUUUUUAUUGCUUUCUGCUCAUUACAAAGUGCGACAUUUGAGUAUAUUAGGUAUAGAUGACUCUGAAAUGUUGGUUUUCUUUUCCAUAGACUUAUAUUUUUAGGUUUGAUUCAUAUGAUAUUCUCUCUCCCACUCUCUCUCAUGCCCCCCCACAACAGACCAAAAAUAAAUAAAUUAAAAACAUAGUUUAAUACUGAAUGAGUGAACAAAAGUGGAGUAGGUCCCAUGUACCAUGACAGCAUUUAAAAUAGAAGGAAGUGUGUUGUGCCUAUAUUCCCCUUUUCUCCCAUUCUUAGCCCCUCCACCCACUCCCAAAUGCCUUUGAGUGCACUUCAUACCACACAGACAGCAUAGACAGACACAGUGGUAUCUGAGGAAGGAUAGUUAAUACAAUGUGUUUAUUACCAGUAAUUCAAGCAUUAUGUGUUGCUCUUGGCAGAAGCGAUUGAACCCUGUGCCUGGUUAACUGCAGAAUGCACAUAUUCUCAUGGGCAGUAUUUCUACCACCCGUGUGAAGAUAAGAGGGCAAUCUGCGGUGGGUUAUAUUCUUUUUCUAACUAUGGCUUGUCUUUUUCCAUGAGGAAGAGUCUGUCAAAAUAAUUCUAGAGACAGAUGCGCAGCAGAUGGGCCUAGGUCAAGUUUAGAAGAUACAGCAGAAUUGAAAAGUGGUUGGACAACUCUGAUUAUUGCCCUUUUAAAUUAGCAGCACAUUCAAGAUGUAUCUUUUCUUCCUGUAAAUUUCAGUAUGACAACUUUGGGCUUCUUAAAUCUUGGUUAUAAAUCUUAAGGAUCAUUUGGGCUGGAAAUUCCCAAAGCUGUCAUUCAUGCUUCUCCUUGGAAUAAUCACCCGAGUCUCUAAAUCAGAGCAUACACUUGGCACAUAUUCUACUUCUUGAGCAGUCAUGUUCCCAACAUGAGCAACAAAGAAACCACUUAGAAUGACUGAGCACAGUGGAUUUGACAUAAUGACAGAGGAACAGUAGGGAUGUGGGUAAGGGGUAGGUUGAAUAACAAGCGAAUUUUAAAUUCACUGUAUUGAAUUGUGAAAUAAACCCUGCUGAAGUUAAUAUUGAAUAAAUAAAAUUAAAUGUGUUUACUGGAUGUGUUUCUGGUCAUUUGAUAGAUCUGUAGGCACUUUAGUAAAUAUUGUCCCAGUUAAUGUGUGCCAGUUUGAAGGGUGUGAAAUAGAGAAUAACAUUUUUCUAAAAGCUUUUGAUAUGGUAAUGUCAUCAGCAUGCUCAUUACUUUCCCACAUUUAAAUGAGCAGAAAUGGAGACCAACGAGGUGUGUUCAAGAAAGCAAAUUAGAUCAUUAUCAAGGUGAUGAAAUGAACUCUGGCAUCCUUGAAAAAGAAUAUGCCUUCUCAUAUUUUAUAUUCCUUGUGGUAAUAUUUUAUAUUCCUUGAGUGGCUAGUAUGUCUUUCAACUUAACUUGUAUACACAGAGCAAAUGAAAAAGAAGAUGUUAAAGAGGACAUCUUAACUCUCAAAGAGCUCUCUUCAUUCCUGUCAUAAGGGAGACAUAGACUAGUUUUUCAAAUGAGGACUUAGAUCUUUCUUCUCCACAAUAUUAAGCCCUGUGUCUGUCAUUUCCCCUUUCAUUAUCACCUCAUUAGGAGGGUAGGCAUUUAAAGGCUUUUUUGUGUUUGAGUUUCUGAAUAAUUUUGAGAUAUUUCUAGGAUGCAUCUAUUUUGUCCUUUGACAUCUCAACUAUUAACAGCAGUCUAACAAUUUUUCAUGUGUCUUCUCAUACUGUAUGUGCACUGUAUCUGUUUAUAUAUGUUUGCAUGGGCCAUAGUGGACAUCAUUUAUAGAUGCUUUUAUCCACAUUUUUAAUCUCUGGCAUUUGUGUAUAUUCUUACUUGUGGGUGCAUUUGGUAUAUGAAUGUCCCCACAUGGGAACAUGUCUGUAUGUGCAUGUCCAAGACUUUAUGCUUGUAUUCAUAGAUAUUAUUCAACAAAAUAUACAUAUAGCAAGUGAAUACCAUUUCUACUGCCCUAAUCUAUUUCUGUUUAUAUAUUUCAUGUCAUUUUUUACAGAAAUUCUGAAAACACAAUAGAAAAUUGUACAUAUGAAGUGAAGGCCCAGCAUUGUUGCAGUGACCACACUGUGUUAAUUCUGUCUUCCCAAAUGGUCACACCAAAUCCCCACUUUGGCCAUUUGAUCGAGACAAACAUCCAUAUGCCUCCUAUACAUAGACUAGACACAGGUGUAACGCUUUAUGUCUAUUCAUUAAUCUACACAUGGCACUACACUAGGAAGUUACUUUUGAGGUAUUUGCUUGAUGCCCUGAAAGGGAGAAUUCCUUUAGCAUGGCUCUGUAUGAAGAGUUUCAAAUGGAUUUUAUAAAUUAUCUGAUUGUAAUCAAAAUACUUUUUAAUUGAAGGAAAAUGAGGGUAGUGAGUUUAAUAGAUGAUAGAUGAUACCCACUGUGACUGUCCUGUAUUAAAGGUGCACUGUUAGAGAGAUAAGAGUGUAAGUAUAAGGUCAAGGAAAAGGAGGUAUUUCAUUUAUCUUGAAUAGUAACAGGAGAAUGUUCUUAUGCCGGGAAUUUGCUUUAGAAGUUUCUAAGCAUUGAUUACUUUUGAAAUCACUAUAAUUUUGAAAACCAAUGUCAAUUUAUGUGAAAAUACUUUA